CACCCAGCCCUGCUCCCCUCCCCCUCUCCAUAAAUACAUACGUACCUCUACACCCUCCCCAUUUACACUUUACUUACUACACCGCACAUAACCACAACGCUCGUAUCUCUCUCACUCUCACUCUCAUGGCAGCCACCGCGCUGAGCUUCUCCGGUCUUGUUGUGGUUGUUUUCUUGUUGGGUCUGAGUGCGAGGGCAAGGGCGCAGGAGGGCCAGGGGAGGAGGGCAAUGGUGCCUGCAAUGUUCAUAUUUGGGGAUUCUCUAAUCGACAAUGGCAACAACAACAACCUCCCUUCCCUCGCUAAAGCCAACUAUUUCCCUUACGGCAUUGAUUUCCAGGGCGGCCCCACCGGCCGCUUCUCCAACGGCUACACCAUGGUUGACACUAUCGCUCAACUGCUUGGGUUGCCUCUCAUUCCUGCCUACUCUGAGGUGUCCGGCGACGGGAUGCGCUAUGGAGUUAACUAUGCCUCUGCUGCUGCUGGCAUUCUUGACAUCACUGGCAGAAAUUUCGUUAGCCGCAUUCCGUUCAACCAGCAGAUCAGGAACUUCGAGAACACUCUUGAUCAGAUCAGCAACAGCUUUGGUGGUGGUGCAGCAGCGGACGUGUCGCAGGCCCUCGCCAAGUGCAUCUUCUUCAUCGGGAUGGGCAGCAAUGACUACCUUAAUAAUUACCUCAUGCCUAACUACGACACCAAAAAUCAGUACAAUGCCCAACAGUUUGCGGAUCUCCUGGUCCAACAGUACUCCCAGCAGCUCACUAGGCUGUACAAUCUCGGGGCUCGGAAGUUCGUGGUAGCAGGGCUGGGGCUAAUGGGUUGUAUACCAAGCAUCCUUGCCCAAAGCAACGUGGGUGGAUGUUCGGAUGCGGUGAACCAGCUGGUUCUCCCCUUCAACACCAACACAAAGGCCAUGAUCAACAACCUCAGCCUCAAUCUCCCUGGUGCGCGCUUCUCCUACAUCGACGUCAACGCCAUGUUUCAGGAUCUGCUUGCCAAUGCUAGAUCAUACGGGUUCGAUGUGGUGAAUCGUGGGUGCUGCGGCAUUGGAAGGAACAGGGGGCAGAUCACUUGUCUUCCAUUCCAGACUCCCUGCCCAAACAGGAGCCAGUACGUGUUCUGGGAUGCAUUCCACCCCACUGAAGCUGUUAACAUCUUGUUUGGGAAGAGGGCUUUCAGUGGCAAUACCGAUGUUGUUUACCCCAUCUCCGUACAGCAACUGGCCACCCUCUAACACAGCACAACACACCAUAUCACAUUUAUUUAUUAUACUAUACAGACUACACUAGUAUUUAAUUUUCACCAAAUCGCCUGUUGCAUCCCAUCCCCAUCCCCAUCUCUACUGUUGCGGGCUGCACUUGCAGUUUGUUCUUCCUCAAGAAUUGGAUUUGAUCAAUCAACAUUCUUCUUCUUCUU